CUAUAGAUCAAACUCCAGCAAUACAUCCCCUGAGCCCUUUGAAGGAGGCUGGAGGGGCGGCAGGCGGCGGCAGGAGGCGAGACAAGGGUGAAACAUUAACCGUCCACCGCCAUUUUCCUUCCCCUGUUUGUUUGUGGACGGGACGAGAAGAAGAAGAGCUCGAUACGGCCGCCAUUACCUCUAUUACUCGCCCGCCAGCCUGGAAUUGACCCCCUAAGGACACUGUGCACCGCGAGGAAGCCCCCAGGCACCCCAGGGCCGAGUUCCUGCGCCGGGACAGCCGUAACAAGGCCACGAGGAGCCGCUGAGGCGUGGAGGGCAGGCCGCCACCCCUCGCCUCCCCGGGCCGCCGCGCCUCGCCCCCAUGGCGGACUGACGUGCCCGGCGCCCCCCCAGCACCGCAGUAAUAUGAGCAGCACUCCCAUAGCAAGGUGAAACAAGAUGUUUUGGAAAUAUAAUUUUGGUUCCUCAGCUCAGAUUGAGACUCUUCUACAAAAAGAGGAUGUUACCCUUUCUGAGCUUAUGGAUGAGGAUGAACUCCUACAAGAAUGCAAGGCACAAAACAAGAAGCUCAUAGACUUCUUGACACGGGCUGAAGUGUUAGAUGAGCUGGUGUUCCUGGUGGUUAACGAGCCCUCCACUGAUGGGGAGCUUCAGAUGCGCUUUAAGUAUGCCAACUUAGCCGCUGAGCUCCUCACAGCUGAUGUCCCUGCCAUCAUUGACAAACUUGUGGCUUCCACAGGCUUGCUUGAUGUCUUGUACAAAUUUUUGAAGAAGGAAAAGCCUUUAAAUCCUCUUCUAGCAUCUUUCUUCUCCAAAGUGCUUGGGAUGUUGGUACAAAGGAGGUCUGAGCAGAACUGGUAUUCCUAUCAGUUCACUUGCUUCCAGGUGUUGGACUUUUUAAAAUCCAAAGGUGAUUUUGUUGAGCUUGCGGUACAGCACGUGGGGACGUCAGCUAUAAUGGACCUUCUGCUCAGGCUUAUUUGUAACGUGGAGGAGGAUGAGAUACGUCAGAGUGUGCAUCAGUGGCUGAAUGAUUGUCAGCUGAUAGAGCGACUUGUAGAAAGAUUAUCACCAGAGGCUGAUCCUGAUGAACAUUCAAGUGCUGACAGUAUCCUAUGUGAGAUCAGUGCCUCCUGUCGGGAUGCAGCUUCUGAAGCCCAGCAGGUUACCAAUCCGCUCCUACAGACUCUGGAAAGUGAAGAAACAAUAAACAAAAUGCUGGACCUCCUCUUACAUGAAGAAAGGAAUGAGUCAUCCUUGGCACACGUUAUUAAUAUCUUGCUGACACUUCUGUCGGCUCGGUCAUCGAUGCCCUCACAUCCAUCGCAACAACAGGUGCAGCAGCAGCAGCAGCAACAGCUAGAACAAGAACAAGGGUUGCAGCAGUCAUCAUCCAUAGACUCUAGUGAUAGUGAAUCCAGCGAAGGAAAGAGAAAUAUAGUUGCCAGAACAGUGGCCAAACGUUUGCCAAAUCUCCAUAACAUUCUCCUUCACCCACCCAAGAAAGGCUUAAUACCAACUGCUUAUGGGCAGGAACUAGAGCCCUUGGGCAGCACUCGUCUUCAGGUUGUGACAUUAGUGGCUGCGCUGGUCGUUGCCAAUGACCCCAUCGUCCAUAAUGCCCUUUAUGAACUUAAUACGGUUGAACACUUACUGGACCUAUUUUUCAAGUUUAUGUUGAAUAAUUUCCUACACACGCAAGUGGAGCAGUGCCUGACAGCUAUCCUCACCAAGGCCCCAUCAACCACCUCACCUGAGGGAGCGGGCGACCACCUCCUCCUGACCCAGCUCUUCACUCAGUGCCGCAUCAUUGAAAGGCUUGUUGCUGCCUAUGAGGACAACAGUGAAUCACAAGAUGGUAAACAAAUCCAUAACAUGAGAGGAUACAUGGGACAUCUGAGGCAGUUGGCCAAUACCAUUGUACAACAGGCAGAAAUUGGGCCCAAUGAACAUCGCAUAAAGCAGCUAAUUCAGGAUCUGCCUGGGGAUAAGGCAACCCAAUGGGAUGACUUUGUGUCCAAUGCUUUGGCUGAGGUCAACCGCAAGAAUGAAAUCACUCCUCUACCGGUUCAGGGGAUCCACCAUCACCUUGAAUCUGAUGACGAUUCCGACGAUCAUUCUGAUUUUUUCCCUGAAAUCUUUGAUGGUCCCAUUAUCAAGGAGUGGAUCUCCAUGCUAAGCAUUAGCUCUUCUGGGAGCAAGCAUGAGUGGGGGCUUACUGAAGGGGAGGCAGACCAGCCAGAUGAGGGCCCAUCCUUUCUUCAAGUGGGUCAUGAGGAGGAGGAGGAUGGGGGGGAGGACAAGGACAGAGUGCUUUACCAGCAUAUGGAAGCUUCCCAGGUGUGGGGAGGAGAGCAGGGCUUCAAGGAGAUGGACAUGGAUGUUAUUGGAGACUUCCGUUAUGCUGACGAUGAAUUCAAAGACCAGGAUGACAAUCUCAGUGGUCCCUUGCAACGGCUCACAACUCAGGCUCUAGCGCUAUCUGGAGUAACUGGGGUGGGCGGCGGAACUCCCUCAGGCAACCAAGGAGUAGAAGGGGGUGGAGAAGCAGGCAUUGGAGACCGGGACCUUUUUGAGGAGCUCUGCUCUAAUCGCUCCUCAAGCAUGGGCGUGUUUGAUGACAUGUGGACUGAUAAGGAAAAGGAAAUCACCUUCAGCCAAGAAUCACAGCCAGAAGAAAGUGAGAAGGACAAGGAACAGGCUUCCAGUUCUGAGGAUGAAGAUGAAGAAGAUAUCUCGGGGCUGAGGGCUGGUGAAACAAAAAUGGAGGUUGACCAAGAUGGCUUUUGUAUUUUUAAAACAGAAUGGGCCGAAGUUUUUGACAAGAGACCUGCGGGUGAAGGAGAUGACAAGAAUGAGCCAGUCAAUCCUUGGAAUUCAGCUCCCAUGUCAGACACGGCAGACAACACCGGGUGGGCAGACUUCAGUCCGUUCACCAGCUCGGCCAGUGUUGAUCCCUUCGGUAAAAAGCUUGAUCCCGAGAGGUCGGCUUUUGCCCCAGAUUUCAGCGGAGUAUUCAGCAACCCUACAGUGUCCCAGCAAGACAGCUCAACAACAGUGUUUGGGGAAAAUGCAUCCACCCAAGAGGCCUUUAGAGCGGAUUUCUCUAAUAUAAAUUUUGAUUCAGCUUUUGAAACUAACUGUGAUGACCACAAGAACACUGUUACCUCAACUGGUGAGCCUCAGAACAGUGAAUUCGAGAGAGCAGAUAGAGAGGAGACUAUGAGAAGGGAGGAGAAGGAGGAGGUAGAGGAGGAGGAGGUGGAGAAAGAGCUGAUGGAUAACUUCAACUUCCUCUCAUCUCGAGGCCUCAUGAAGAAGGAGCUAGAGGACUGCAAUGAGGCAGGUACGGCAAGUACAACUCUCAGCCAGGGUGAGGCAAAGCCAGGAGACAGUCAGCCUCAGCAAGAAGAGGUAGCACCAAGUCCAUCUGACCCUCCUGUUGAGAGUUAAUAAUUUAUGCAGGGCAAGAAGUGGGAGGAUCAGCUGCAUGAGGAUGUAGGGUGGCGGUCGUGGCAGCAGCACUACAACAUCUCAGGACAGACAUGCCUGAUGUGUACUUCCAGUCUGAAAUGCUCUAACCUUAGAAAAUUCAGGAUUAUCCCUUUUCUUCAGUUAAGUUUAUGAUUAUUACAGUUUUUCUAUAUUAUUAAAGGCUCAGUGAAAUGCACAUUGCUAAUAAUUUCAUAAGGAAGAAAAAAGGAAGACAUUAAGUUGAAUUUCACUAAGCCAAAAUCUAAACGUACUUUGCAGUGAUGUGCCUAAGAAGUUAAUACAAAGAGAAUUGAUAACUUUUCCAGUCAUAUUAUUUUAACUUGCCUGACUUUUUCCCCUUGAUUUACCCAAAACUUUGCUGCUCAUCAAAGGGUGUAGUCUAUACAAUAUAUUGGAUUUUAAUAUCUAAUGUCUAUACAGGUCAGGAACUGGAUCAAAAUGAAUGACACACGUCCAUUCUCGUGAUAAACUCCAUACUGUUUUUAUCAGCAUCAGAAUUCAGCAUACCAGAGAUAGACAUAAUAUAUAUAUGAUAUUUAUUUUAGACAAAUAAACACCUUAUAUAUUGGGAGUGUGUUAAGGUGUGUAUAGAAUUCAUCACAAUUGUGGAGUCAUAGCUGCCUUGGGCUUUCUUAGUAAGUUUGGUUCUUCCUGUAUUUGGUGUGAUAACAUUGACUGAGAUUGUUUUGUCUAAGAACAGCCAAGAUUAGUAUGUGGCCACAUGGCUCAGGAUAAUGAUUCUAGAGCAUGUAGCUUUUGUCAUGUUGAUGUUGGAUUUGCUACAUGAUCUUGACCUGUUGCUGUUGCCUGGCAUUAUAAAUAUAAAUAUCCAGAUAGGUUUUACUUUUGAAAUGUCCCUUUUGACACAUUAUGCACUUGGUCUGUCUUAUAUUAAUUAAAUGUUAAUUGACCAUUCCAGUUCAAAGUAAUCAGAAAGUAAAGUGUAUGAUUUCAAUAUGUUUAACAAAUUUCACAAGUAGAACUUAUAUCUUCAGUUUCAUAAUUAUGGAAAAGAAAGGGUGUCAUUUGUAUAACAAGCUCAGCAGAUUUGAGAAAUAUGCUCCUCACAACCCUAUUGCUAAUGUUUUCCUUUAUAAAAUAACAACCUUCAGGUGCUUGUGUGUGCCAGAGGCGUUAUAUGUUUAGUGUUCUAAGCUCAAUUUUUGGUAGAACACAAAACUUUAACUGUAGGUUUCAUUCAAAGUCUUAAAAAAUAACCUAAUCUCACCAGCUCUUGAUAUUGUCAAGUCAGAACUUUGGUUACAUUGAUGAGUGUUGAUUAAUGGUGUCUGUGAUGGAGCAAGAAUGUUAAUUACUGUACACCUUUGUAGAUACAAAUGUUAAUUUGGUGCUAUUGUUAAUUUCUUAAAAGGAAACAAAAGCUGUUUGUAACUGACUACAAAUCUAGUGAGUUGUAUAUUAUUUAUUGCGUAUUCUUUAUUUUUUUACUUUUUUUCCAUCAUGUAACAGAUCUUUAUCUUCCUUUAUAUUCCUUGCAUUUCACCUCACAUCUAUGGGGAAGGGCAAGGAAUAAUAGCAAGAGACUGCUUUUCAUUUUUUUGCAAAUUAGGAAUGUAAUGGUUACCUUUAAUGGGUUUUGAACCUGUAUUGCACAUGUAUGUAUAGUAGAGCCUCUCAGUAGUAUAGUUGUAACCUUGAUUUCAGAAAAUGCAACGCCUCCAUUACCUUCAUUUGGUGGACAAAUAUAGCCAGUCAACAGGUGUUGUUACUCGCUGUGUGCCAAAACAAUGUUUGUCAUUGCUGUUACUGAGGAUGGUUGUCAGUCAUCACACAAUGAACUGGUGGUGUGAUUAAUAGCUCCAUCCAGCACCAGCAGCGGUUUGUUUUAUUGCACGUGUUGACUUGGCCAUAUAUGUACAUCAAUUGACACUAGUGGUGACUGGUGUUAUUGGUUGUGUAUUCAAUUGAACUGCCAGUGGAUGUUUGCCACCUCUGAAGCGGCAGUAAGAUGAAUUCGCUCAAAGUGAUAUUUACACUGUGCAUAACAUGCAUGGAGCAAGCAGUGGGUACCACCCAGUUGAGACAAAUAAGGCUGUGUAAUGUAAACCCUUUUGUAGGGCUGCAAUCAUGAUUUCCAUCAAUUUUUUAUUUUUAUAAUGAUACUUGGUAACACAUAUAGCUCCAUCUUAUGCUAUUGAAAGACUCUACUGUAUAUAUGUAUAUUUUAACAGUACAGCAGUGAAACUUUCCAAAUGGCCCCGCAGUACGUGCUCCCCCUUUCAGACUGUGAUGAAAGACGCAGUUUUUAGGUUAAUACGGUCCUUAGGACUGCCGUUUCCCCGUGUGAAAGAAGAUCCAAAUUGUUCCUAGAUAAUAUAGCCUUUACUGUAAUAGAUUAUUCAUGUUCAAAUUUCUGUUGUGUACAGAUCUUGGUGAUCCAACCUCCAGGUUAUUAUGCAAUAGAUCUAUUGGUCCCCUCCAUUUAAUUCCAAGAUGAGAAUAUUUAAUGCCCUAGUAAUAAAUGCUUUGGUGCCAGUGUUUGUUCUUACAGUGUGUCUGGUCUCAGAGUUGGUGAGGGUGGCAUUCCACUGUCAUUUCUGACAACAUAACCACCUACAAACCUUUGCAGCCCAUCCUGCUCGAGGGCUGCUUGCACUCAUCAUAUCAGUACUUGGACAACAUUGUGAUUACCUUCAUGUAAGAUUGAAAAUGAAGUUAUCAUUAUUGAAAUGAUUUUUACAAUAGCAUUCUCAUUGAAAGUGCUUCUGUGUGUAUGGAAAACUGUUGGCGUUGAUGGUAAUACUCAUGCCUUGUAUGAUUCCUAGAAAGGUCCUUAUGAAAUUGUACAUAAAGGAUACAUUUAAAUACAA